GUUGGAAUGAGCAAAUCACUCAUUUCCCUUGUGUGGCUAGCAGGCCCCUUGACGGGUCUCCUUGUACAGCCUGUUGCUGGAUCAUUGUCAGACGCGUGUACAUCGCGGUUCGGACGGCGGCGGCCCUUCAUAUUCGUCUCUGGCGCAUUGACGCUCGUCUGCCUUUUGAUUAUGGGUUGGUCGCGCGACGUUGUGCAAUUCAUGGUCCACGAUGAUAGUCUGGCACAGUCCCUGAUCAUCACCAGCAUCGUCAUUGCCGUCUUUCUGCUUGAUUUCGCGGUCAAUACAGUCGCUGCUGCCUCAAGAGCCCUCAUUGUCGAUUGCCUGCCGCCAGACAAACAAAAGAUUGGCAAUGCAUGGGCGUCACGUAUGGUGGCUGUGGGUCACCUUGCUUCGUACUUGCUCGGAUACGUCGACCUACGUUCACGACUAAGCUGGCUUGGCGAUUCACAGUUCAAAAUCUGUCUCGUUCUCUCAAUUAUUGCACUCGGCAUCGGGACUUGUGUCACCUGCUUUGCAAUUCACGAAGAGGUUCACCCAGAAAAGAAGGAGGUGCAAGGCCUCUUUUCUACCCUGUCGCAAUUGUACAAGGUUUUCUGGGGACUUUCGUCGCGCACGCAACUCGUUUGUCUGAUACAAAGUCUAGCCUGGCAUGGCUGGUUCCCGUUUCUAUUCUAUACAUCAACAUGGGUAGGCGAAGUCUAUGCAACUGGAAGACAAGACGUGGACGUGGAUACGCGCUCACGCAUGGGCAGUCGUGCACUCUUGCUCUUUGCCGUGAUGACUUUACUGUGCUCCUACCUCUUGCCCAAGUGUGUGAAGGGCAAUCAAGACCAUGAUCGUAACAAGUUUGGACUCACUCAAAGCAAGCUCUGGGGCAUCUCACAUAUGGUCUUUGCUCUCGCCAUGUGCUCUACGGUGCUUGUGCGACAUAGCAUCGGGGCAACCAUCAUCGUUGCGCUAUGUGGCUUCAGCUGGGCAGUCACUGCGUGGAUCCCAUUCUCGCUCGUUGGUGAAGAGAUUCUUGAUACAGGCAUGUCACUUGAUCGAGCCACCCCGUCCAAUGGCAAGGCUGGUGCAAUACUAGGCAUCCACAACAUCGCCAUCUGCUUGCCGCAGUUUGUCAUCAGCUUCAUCAGCAGUCUAGUUUUUAAGAUCAUGCACACAGAUGACUCUACCCUCGCGCAAGGCCACAACUCUACCAGCGUCGUUCUAUUCAUUGGCGGCGUCAUGUCUGCGCUUGCCGGCCUCGUUACGCUCUCACGACUAAAUCGUUUCCCAGAUCGCGUCUAUAAGACGGCGAAUAGCUAGCCUAUGCAUCAUGUAUGAUUCAAUGCUUUUCCCAUC